AUACAGCAUCCCUGCUGCUCUGGUUUGGGCAGUGGGCUCGCGGUAGCGCAGUAGCACUUUGGCGGAGGAGCAUCCGACUCGCAAUGGCUUUAGUAUACGAAUGUGCAAAGUAGGCACGAGAUAGUAAACAUGAAGUAACUAAAUCUAAACAAUCUGGCGGUAAAACUAAACUAUAUGUAUAUACAUGUGUAUGUAUAGUAUCUCCUGUACUGAUAUACAUAGGUAUAUAUGUAUACACGCUAAACUUAAACUCAUGAACCGAACAUUAAACUAAUUGUGUAUUAAUAAAUAACGCUGCUAACGCUAAACCCGAAUAAAUAAUAAACGAUUCUAAUAUGAAACCGCAAUAAACCAAAAACUUUAAACUAAAAUCUAAACGAUUGUUAGAACACAGCACUGGCGCGAGCUCUUUACUGCUAAUAUCGCUACCCAUGGACAGUGGCAUGCAGCAAUGUCAAUUCUACUGCGGCCCACGAGCACUGACGCUCUUUGUCCUCUUGCACAUCUGCCUGUCGCUACCGAACGAAUCUUUGGCGGGAUACAACGAGAAGCGACUUCUCCACAAACUGCUUGACAAUUAUAACGUACUGGAAAGGCCGGUGGCCAACGAGUCGGAUCCUUUGCAACUUAGUUUCGGUUUAACUUUAAUGCAAAUCAUCGAUGUGGUACGUGACUUUUCCCCGUGCAUGCAUAAACCACCCCCGCAUAAAUUCGUUUUCUAUUUCCAGGACGAGAAAAACCAGCUGCUCAUCACGAAUAUUUGGCUGAAAUUGGAAUGGAAUGACAUGAACCUACGGUGGAAUGCAACAGAAUAUGGUGGCGUCAAGGACCUCCGCAUACCUCCGCACAGGUUGUGGAAGCCGGACGUUCUCAUGUACAACAGCGCUGACGAGGGCUUCGACGGAACGUAUCCUACGAACGUGGUGGUCCGCAACAACGGCAGCUGCCUGUACGUGCCUCCCGGAAUUUUCAAAAGCACUUGUAAGAUCGACAUCACGUGGUUUCCUUUCGACGACCAGCGAUGCGAGAUGAAAUUCGGAAGUUGGACUUACGACGGAUUACAACUGGAUCUACAAUUACAAGACGACUCGGGAGGAGAUAUCAGCAGCUUUAUUACAAACGGCGAAUGGGAUUUGCUAGGAGUUCCUGGCAAACGGAACGAAAUCUACUAUAAUUGCUGCCCAGAGCCGUACAUCGAUAUCACAUUCGUCAUCAUUAUUCGACGGCGGACACUGUACUACUUUUUCAACUUGAUCGUACCGUGUGUGCUUAUCGCUUCAAUGGCAGUAUUGGGGUUCACUCUACCCCCGGACUCCGGAGAGAAACUCUCCUUGGGAGUCACGAUUCUGCUGUCUCUGACGGUAUUCUUAAAUAUGGUCGCCGAAACGAUGCCCGCUACCUCAGAUGCAGUCCCGCUCUUGGGCACCUACUUCAACUGCAUCAUGUUCAUGGUGGCGUCGUCGGUAGUAUCGACCAUACUAAUUCUCAACUACCACCAUCGCAACGCUGACACGCACGAAAUGUCAGAGUGGAUAAAGGUUGUUUUCUUGAUUUGGUUACCAUGGCUUCUACGUAUGCACAGACCACACGAAUCGAGCGAUUGUGAGUACGGGCAACAGCCGAGUCGACCCGCAUCUGUGGCAACGGAUCGAAAACCGCUGCACUUUCAAGACGUGGAAUUGAAAGAGCGCUCUUCCAAAAGCUUGCUCGCCAACGUGUUAGACAUAGACGACGACUUUAGACACAACCAUCGAGGCGGCGGAACUCCGACGCCGUUACCGACAGCGACGUUCUUCCGAACAGUCUACAGGCAAAACGAAGACAACGGAAACGGAGGUCGAUUACACGAAUCGCUUGUGUCGAACCACUCUUGUCUAAGUGCGGAUUACGAGCUGGCGCUGAUCUUGAAAGAAAUCCGGUUCAUCACGGACCAGCUGCGUAAGGAAGACGAGGCCGCGGACAUCACCAGAGAUUGGAAAUUCGCGGCCAUGGUGGUCGACAGACUGUGCCUUAUUAUAUUCACUCUGUUCACGAUCAUCGCCACGUUAGCGGUGCUGUUCUCGGCACCUCACAUCAUCGUAUCGUAGCUACCCCGGCUCCUCGCAAGACCUUUCCCGAAGCUAGAUACAGUAGCUGCUGACGAUUUCGGAUGGGCGUCUAGUAGGGUCCGACAGACUUCGACCCGGGUAGAUGCCGUAUCCGUAUCGAUCCUGACGCUCGCGCCACCAAAACCCAUCAAUAGUUGGCAGUCGUUUUAUACGGAAAUUUGGUUUUGUAUCGUGUUCUUUAGGGUAUUAACACAAUCAUACUGUGAUAAAUCAAGUUAAAUGUUGAGUUAGUCAGACGAGAUCGUGAAACGGCGCGGUAACUAGACGGGGCGUUCCAUUCUCUCCUCCUGCUUAACAUGGGGUGAUAAGGCCGGCCGAGGGUGGUUGUCUGUUCGCCUCUUGUUUGGCGGUGCCUAGCACCGAAAGAGGCUGCGCCAUUUGCGAACCCGACAAUAGUAAUGUGCAAUGUUUUGUCCGCGAAGAGAGGAGCACGAUUGUUUCUGUCGCUGUUCCCCACUUCGUAUUGUUACUUGACACAUUGUUAAUGGCGUUUUAUAUUGUAUGACGUGUAGAACUAUAUUUUUCUCGUGGAAUUUGAGAUAAUUUAAAAUGAUUAAAAUUCAUUACUAAAAUUUAUAAAACAAAACGAAAUGUUGGUAUAGAAUAAUUCGGAUGAAGUCUUAGAAACUGCUUCAUCUUUUUUUUAUAUUUUGUCCGUCUAGCAUGCUACGUAGGUUGUAACUGUCAUCUAUGGACUUCUAUAUCCUGUACAUACAGAACCUAUCUUAGGAGCAUAGCUGGUGAAAAAAAAGCACUUGAAAUUCUAACAUAUCCUUUCAAAGUCAUGUAACGUACAGAGUCGUGUGUAAAAAAAUACUCAUGUCUCGAGUGGGAAAACGUCGUGCGUGUUUCCGGUGUCGCAACAAUCACGCGGGAGUGCCUCACAUCGCGCAUUUUUCUCUUACUCAUUUCAAUACAACACACAAACAUUUUCUAAUUUGGCGGUCAAUGUUUCGUUGAAUUGCUGAAGCAACGUCCGGACUCCUCGUCGAAUGAAGGAAGUUGCUCAAAUAAUAAUAAAACGCCGAAAAUUGACGUCGACUCGUAACCGAGUCCGGGAGUCCGGAUGCGGCCGCGCGCGGAUUGUUUCGCUGGACCCGGAACAAAUCUGUCGCAACAAUACAUCGCCAACGUUCUUCCACUGUCAAGCAAGACAAUAUCUCAUCAGUUAGGGCUAUAAUUCUUAUUCUUAGUCUUUAUUUACGUCUUAAUAUAGCAAAAGAAAAAAAAAGUUAAAUGCGGUAAAUACCGAAUCCAUUGCGAGUGCGAGCCCAUACCCGUUUAUAUUUUAGGUUUUAGGCAAAUUAAUGACGAAUGGCAGUUCGAUUGUUAUCGCUGAUUACGCAACGGCGGAAACGCUUAGCGUCAUCUAUCUCUCUUAAUGGCUUAAAGAGGCUGGCAGGAUGCUAAAGAAUGGUGUCUUCGGAUGGUCGCUUUACCCUGCGAAAGUAACCAUCCGAAAGCGCGCGACAGCGCGCAAAUCUCUUUCGAUGAUAUACAUAAUAUUAAGUAAUAAAUCUCGCGUUCCAUUGUUAUAUAAAUAAGUACUUCCCAGAGAACUAUUAUUCACUAAAAGAUGCUAAUCGGAUUAAACACUAUUUUAAAGAAACUCGACAAUCCAUUAUUGGUCGCUAAUUAACGACACGAGAGGGCCUUUGAUACAGCGCAGAAGAUCCAGCUGUUGGGUGAGGAUGCGACCUGUGUGGCGUCUUUUGCGACUCUGGGGGACAACGCAAAAACAUCAUCAGCGGCGCUCGUCGCACCCUCAAUCGCAUCAAAGCGACAAGUACUGUUUUCUACCGAAAUUGUUGUAAAUUGUAUCACAAUGGAUUGUACUUUGUUAAAUGAAUUUCAAUUAAACUUGCAAAUGCAGA